UUCCCGGAAGGCAGGGAGGCGGCGCCCGCCUCCGGGAGGCGGCCUGGGCGAUGGCGGCCGGACGGCCGGAGCUCUCGGAGUAGCCCGGGGAAUCGCGCUACCGGAGAGGAUGGCGUCGCUCGGGCAGGCCGGCGCGGGGGAUCAGGCGGCGGAGGCUGAGGCGGAGCCGGGUCCCGCGGCGGCACCGCCACCGCCACCCUCGCCGUCCCCUCUGGGCCCCCUGAUGCCCCUGCAGCGGGAGCCGCUGUACAACUGGCAGGCGACCAAGGCGUCGCUGAAGGAGCGCUUCGCCUUCCUCUUCAACUCGGAGCUGCUGAGCGAUGUGCGCUUCGUGCUGGGCAAGGGCCGCGGCGGGGCGGCCGCCGGGGGCCCGCAGCGCAUCCCCGCCCACCGCUUCGUGCUGGCGGCGGGCAGCGCCGUCUUCGACGCCAUGUUCAACGGCGGCAUGGCCACCACGUCGGCCGAGAUCGAACUGCCGGACGUGGAGCCCGCCGCCUUCCUGGCGCUGCUGAGGUUUCUGUAUUCUGAUGAAGUUCAAAUUGGCCCAGAAACAGUGAUGACCACCCUGUACACUGCCAAGAAGUACGCGGUGCCGGCCCUGGAAGCACACUGCGUGGACUUCCUCACCAAGCACCUGCGGGCAGACAACGCCUUCAUGCUGCUGACGCAGGCUCGGUUAUUCGAUGAACCUCAGCUCGCUAGUCUCUGUCUAGACACAAUAGACAAAAGCACAAUGGAUGCCAUAAGUGCAGAGGGCUUUACUGACAUUGACAUUGACACACUAUGUGCAGUUCUGGAAAGAGACACACUUAGUAUUCGAGAAAGUCGACUUUUUGGAGCCGUUGUGCGCUGGGCAGAAGCAGAGUGUCAGAGGCAACAACUACCUGUGACUUUUGCAAACAAGCAGAAGGUUCUAGGAAAAGCACUUUCUCUAAUCCGGUUUCCGCUGAUGACAAUUGAGGAGUUUGCAGCAGGCCCUGCCCAGUCUGGGAUUCUGUCGGAUCGUGAAGUGGUGAACCUCUUUCUGCACUUUACCGUCAACCCUAAACCCCGCGUGGAGUACACCGACCGGCCCCGGUGCUGCCUCAGGGGCAAGGAGUGCUGCAUCAACCGGUUCCAGCAAGUCGAGAGCCGUUGGGGCUACAGUGGGACCAGUGACCGCAUCAGGUUCACGGUGAACAGAAGAAUCUCCAUCGUCGGCUUUGGUUUGUACGGGUCUAUCCAUGGUCCCACGGAUUAUCAAGUGAAUAUCCAGAUCAUCGAAUAUGAGAAAAAACAAACCCUGGGACAGAAUGAUACCGGCUUCAGUUGUGAUGGGACCGCCAACACAUUCAGGGUCAUGUUCAAGGAACCCAUCGAGAUCCUGCCCAACGUGUGCUACACAGCGUGCGCCACCCUCAAAGGCCCGGAUUCCCACUACGGCACCAAGGGGCUGAAGAAGGUGGUCCACGAGAGCGCCACGGCCAGCAAGACUGUCUUCCUCUUCUUCAGCUCCCCCGGCAAUAACAACGGCACCUCCAUCGAAGAUGGACAGAUCCCGGAAAUCAUAUUUUAUACCUAACCUAGCACUACACGAUGUCUUAGCUGCCACUACUACCAUCUAGUCUCAAAGGCAUAAAUUAACGGGCCACCGAAAAAAAAAAAAUGUUUGAGUAUUUAUAAUUGUAAGUUUGAAAAAAAAAUUUUUUUUUUUUUUAGUUUCUCAAAGGAAAUAGAAAAAUGUUCAUUUCAAUCUCUGCAUGAUUUAAAGGCAGAUUUUCCAAUUUCUUACACUUUUGGAGGCAGGAACAUGGAUUUAAUUAUCUACAGAGCUGUUUCCACUGCACUCCGUGCACCCAGGCCAGCCGACCCAGUCAUUCUGUAGUUCUGGAAUUGAGUCUUGUUUGCUACAGCUGGUUGGCUUUCUGUCUUUGUCUUAACCUUUUGGAAAGGGUUAGAUGAGAUGGGUCAGUAUACCUGCAGAGUCCCCUGUCAGCUCUACUAACUUUCAAAAAAAUCAAGAAAACUGACUUUAUAUUGGGGUUUUGAAAAUGUCUGGUGGCUAGCUAGCAUUUGUGGCAAUGCUAAAAAAAAAAAAAAAUAGACCUAAUAAAUGCUGGAGAAAAUGGUCCAUGCAUUUACAGGAAUGGAUACCUGGUACUAGUGUUAAAGUGUGUUAGAGAAUAUAGCUUAAAACUAUUAAUGGAGUUUGUUGAAAUUCACAGUACUCUAAUUUAAACAAAGAACCUAAAGGUGCAGGCCAGGGCCGGAUGCUGCACGGUCAGGCCUGUGUCUGUCCAUCUGGGGUGGUGGUGGUGCUGCUGCGCGUGAGACGCCCGGCAGCAACCCACGCAGCCGUCCUUGGAUCCAAAGCGUGUAAUGGCCACGGCCUCCGUGUCCCACAGGAGGUGGGCCUGGCAGAGACGUCUGAACAUCUGUGCCGCAGGCUGCUGCGUAAGAUAACUGACAGAGUUGAGCGUCCUUGACUUCCAGGUGCAUGAGAUGGUUAUGGAAGAUGAUUUAAAAAUCAGUGCUUUCAAGUAUCAACGCAGAGGCUUUGUAGGCAGGGCUGAGGAGAUCAGAAGUCUGAUCCCGCUGUGUGUUGUCACAGUCGAGAGGGGUCCCUGAAAACUGCCAAGCCUGGUGCUAAGAACCCCGCUAACUGGAAGGCCUGCGGGUUGCGAGGUCCUGGUAGGUAUGGACAGCCCAGCAGGGGCUGUGCAGCGACCAUCACAGAAGAUGCGUGAGCCACAGAGAGCCCCGCCUGGGCAUGCCGUGCUCCACAAUGGCCAGAUACGACUGUGGGCUGACAUUGGGACACCCCCUGGAAUUUUUUUUAAAAAAAUAAAUAUAUACUAUCCUUUUA